AUUUUUACUUAAAAAAAUUAUAAUGCUUGCACGUCAAACAUAUUAAAACCAAAUUUUAACAAUAUCAUAGGUAUUUUGUGCACAAAUAUAUAAGAACGUUUUAAAAAGAACAUUUAACAUUAUUUAAAAAGUUUUAAAUAUUUUAUUUCAUAUAUGUUUUAUUUAUUUCAAUUUAUAAAAUUUAUAAAAUUAAUUGUAAAAUAUGCGUAACAUAAUUCUUCUAUUCUUUAUUUGCAAUAUUUUCUAUUUAACCAAAUCAUAUCCUAAAAAUGAUGUUGAUUUUGAAUUUCGUCUUUUGCCACACAGUCGAGCACUAUCACAUGCAGAUUAUAAAAAUUAUCGCUAUCGUCUAUUACCAAACAGUCAAGAAAUAGAUUCUACAGGUGAAUUUGUGUUUCAUGAUUUACACCAAGCAGCCGGAUAUUGCAGUAUAAAUAGUCUUAUCGAAUGCCUAGACUUGGCAAACUUUCAUAGAGAAACACAAUUACGAUGUCUUUGGGUAUGUGUAACACAAACUCAUAGAGAUCCGGAUGAGUUUGUAUGCAAAAGAAAUCCAGAAAUCCAGGGACAUUGCAAAGUGUAAAUUUUGUAUUAAUAAUAAUAAAAGAAAUAAAUUUUUCUAAUAAUAGUUCAUAAGUAGUAGAAGUGAAUUAUAGUCAGACAGAAUUAAAAAAUAUUUCUUACCAGA